AUGUCACUCAACGUCCGAAUCGUCUCCGAAGAAACCAUCAAGCCGUCGUCCCCGACGCCACCGCACCUCAGGAUCCACAAGCUUUCGUGCAUGGACCAAGCCUCCCCUCCUCGCUACAUGCCUGCACUCUUUUCCUACCCCACGAACCACGACUCAUCACAACCCUCUUCCCAAACCGAAGUUCUCGAGAAGCUCAGAUCCUCCCUCUCCACCACACUCAACCACUACUACCCAUUCGCCGGCAGGUUCCGGGACGACGGCGUCUCCGUCGAGUGCAACGGCCACGGCGUUCCUUUCGUCGUGGCCAGCGUGGAAGGGGACAACGCUGACAUGUCAUCUGUGCUGGACUCGCCCGACGAAGACCGCCUGGUCCAGCUGAUUCCCUGCCAUCCCCAGCACAGGCUGACGGACACCAAAGGAGAGUUGUUCCUUCUGGCCGUGCGGGUCAAUUUUUUCAAGUGUGGCGGGAUAGCCGUUGCGAUCUGCGCCUGGCACGGCGUGGCCGACGCGUCGAGCCUCUGCUGUUUCGCGCAAGCAUGGGCCGCCAUCUGUCGCGGGGACCCUAGGGUGUACGGCCUACUGAAGGGCGCCGUCGUGGACUGCAGCUCCCUCUUUCCUCCGCAGGACUUCCUGUCCCGCGGAGCAAUGUUAAAUUACCACAAGCAGCCGUCUGACUCGAACAAUAGCUCGAGUCAGACGACUGCUGCUGGUGCUGGUGCUGCAGCAGCCAGCAGGGUGAUAGUGAAGCGGUUCGUUUUCCCUGGCUCUAAAAUCACAGCACUCAGGGAAAGGAUCAUGAUCAUCAGCAGUGGCAGUCGUCGACUGACACGUGUUGAGGCGAUCUCUUCCCUCUUCUGGGCAGCGGCCAUUCGGGUCGGUGAACAGAAGAGAAAGGAGGAAAAAGAAGAGGGGGCUCGAUUUCAUUCCGCGGUGAUGGUGGUGAACAUACGAACGAGGACAAGCCCACCGUUGCCGGACGUGUGCAUGGGAAACCUAAUCCAGCCGACGGUGGCAGUGAAAUGGCCGAUGAAUGACAGUGGCAAGAAGGCGACGGUGGAUGGGGAGGACGAGGAGACGUUGUUAUUAGGUGGCUUGGCGGGAAAAUUGGGAGAGGCGGUAAGGACAGUCAACCCAGAACAUUUGAAGCAGCUACACGAGAACGAUUCGGAGGGUUAUCUGGCCCUGUCAAAAUCGUUUGCGGAAGAGUAUGCGAAAGAAGACUUCAUCAUGAUAAGCAGCUCUUGUAGGUAUCCGUUCUACCAAACCGAUUUCGGGUUUGGGAGGCCCAGUUCGGUCCAAGGGUUUUCUAGGAGUAAUAAGACGGUGGUGUUGUUGGAUGCUAUGGAUGGUGAAGGGAUUGAGGCGUGGGUUACGUUGGAUAAGGACGAUAUGUCCAUGCUCGAGAAGGAUCCCUCGAUUCUUCACUAUGCUAGCUAG